AUGACGCCACAGGAAGCUUACGAAAGCAUGAUAGCUUUGCGAUGCAAUACCGUCCGGCUGGCCCGACCCAAAAACCGGUCCCGUAAGACUUCCAAGUGGCCUGAACAAUCUCGAGAGCGAUUUAUGAACACUGUCAGCACAGCUAUUGAUCUGGCUGCUCAUGCGAGGUCAGCUCUAUGGACCGGCGAAUAUGAUCUAUCAGCAUUAACGGACCAAGAGAAAUACAACUUAAGGGGGAACUGGGAAGGAGAUGUCCAAUCUAUCAUCGAUAUGAGCAUAACUCAUUUAAAAGCUCAAGAAGGAGGUGGUGUCGAGAUUUGUAAACCCCUUUCGUAUGUUGAUGGAAUCAAUUGGUCCAAAGCUAUCUCAAGACUCACAGAAUUAUCUUCGAACCAGAAGCCCAAGUUUACCUAUGCCGAUCUAAAAAACCUUAGUAUCUCUCCUAAUUCGGCAUUGGUCGUCACCGAGGAUGAGGAAGGAGAUAUGGGAGUUGCCGCGAGCCUGGUACAAGGUAUCCUGCUGGAAUGCAUAUCGAAGUUGAGGGAAAUUCCUGUUCCGAGUCAUUCCAUAUAUUUCAAUUUCCCUUCUGAGACCGAAGACCAAAUCAACCAAGAUCGUAUCUCAGAUCUCUCGUUCCGAUUCAGGUCUACCAAAGAUAUAUAUGGUGAGAGACUCAACGAAAGAGUGUUGACCAAGGAUGAUCAGAGAGUGUUCAGUCAGAUUAUAAAAGGAGCUUUAGAGACGGCUUCGCGUAUCAGGGAGUUUGAGAGAAACGUUAACGUCUCUAACAACGAGAUGUCAACAACGACUAGUCCACACUUCCAAUUUCGAAGUUACAGUGGACCCCUGCCGGCGGAUUAUCAUAGGCAAGAUUUGGUCAGUAUAUUGAGUAAGCUGACUAGUUUGAAUGGUAUGACUACUCAACAGGGUCAAACGUUAUCAUUUGGCCUCGAUCCCGAUUCCAACGGUGAUUAUGAACCCGAAAUCCGAUUGGCAGAUUUACCAGUACCUCAUCAAGUACCUUUACCACUCAAUUCGCAAAGUAUCCAGCAUCAUCUGAGAUCCGUCGAAGCGAUCAAGAGUGAGUUUACGUACAGGUUCGAGGAAGGUCUUUCGUUUGAUGUUGCGGACCGUGCCUCGGAGUUGUACAAGAGUGGACGUUUAGGAGCUAAGAAGGAUGUUUACUUGUUACUCUGCGAGGAUAUCCUUCAGGAGACAAUCAGUAAGACACUAAGUCCAAGAGUGCUAGGUCAGAUUCAAGGACCGAUACUCACUGUCAGUCCAAUGUAUUUUGAUAUGUUUUCUCAGGUACUGCGAUUGUUAGUAUCUAGUUACCUUUCCUUGAUGGUAUUCUGA